UGAAAAGUAUCAAAAUGGAAGAACCGAUACGAACUAAACCCUAGCCUCAGAAACAUAAAAAAGUCUACAAAAUAUCGCGAUAAAUCAAACAGAUCUCUCUCUCUCUCUGUCUUUUCUGCAACUUCCAUCUUGCCGUUAUCUCUCCAUUGAUAAUUCGUCUCUCCACAACUCCAUGUUUAUAUAGCCUCAGUCCACUGCCAAGCGAAGAGUCUCCAUAACUAUGGUUCGAGAAAAAGACGUCUGUUGGGAAUAUGCUGAGAAGUUAGAUGGGAAUAAAGUAAGGUGUAAAUUUUGUCUUAGAAUUCUAAAUGGUGGCAUUAGUAGGUUAAAGCAUCACUUAUCCAGACUUCCCAGUAAAGGUGUGAAUCCAUGUACUAAGGUCAGGGAUGAUGUUACUGACAGGGUAAGGGCAAUAAUAGCAUCAAAGGAAGAGACAAAGGAACCUCCUAGUACUAAAAAGCAUAAGCUCAUUGAGGCAAAAUCUCUUGUAAAUAUCUCUCCAGAAAAACCGCAUUUGUCUGUGGAACCAACAACUCCAAUUGCAAGAAUUUUUCCACCAAUUGGGCAGGCUAUCUCUUCAUCUGGAAAUAACCAAGAAAUUGCAGAGAGAAGUAUUGCAUUGUUCUUUUUUGAGAACAAAAUUGACUAUGGUGUAGCAAGAUCGUCCUCUUACCAUCAAAUGAUUGAGGCAGUAGGGAAGUGUGGCAGUGGGUUUAUAGGUCCUUCUCCUGAAACUCUGAAAGCAACAUGGUUGGAGAGGAUCAAGUCUGAAGUAAGUUUACAGUCAAAAGAUGUUGAGAAAGAGUGGGCUAUGACAGGUUGCACUUUAAUCGCAGAAACAUGGACGGACAACAAAAUGAAAGCUUUGAUCAACUUCUUGGUUUCAUCGCCCUCCAGGACUUUUUUCUACAAAUCUGUAGAUGCAUCUUCAUAUUUUAAGAAUCUGAAAUGCCUCUCUGAGUUGUUUGAUUCAAUCAUUCAAGAUUUUGGCCCAGAAAAUGUUGUACAAGUAAUUAUGGAUAAUACACUUCACUGCACUGGUAUAGUGAACCAUAUUUUGCAGAACUAUGGGAAUGUUUUUGUGUCCCCUUGUGCUUCACAGUGUAUAAAUGCAAUCUUAGAUGAGUUUUCAAAAUUAGAUUGGGUAAAUAGAUGCAUUUUACAGGCACAAUCAAUCUCGAAGUUUAUAUACAACAAUUCCCCAUUGCUUGAUCUCAUGAAAAAGUUCACUGGGGGACAAGAGAUCAUCAAGACUGGUAUCACAAAGUCCGUAUCACACUUCCUCUCCUUGCAAUGUUUAUUGAAGCACAGGUCAAGAUUGAAACUUAUUUUUAACAGUCCAGAGCUUGCUGGCAAUUCUGCUUAUACAAAUAAAUCACAAAAUGUUAAUUGUAUCGGAAUUCUGGAUGACAAUGACUUUUGGCGGACAGCUGAAGAGUGUGUUGCUGUUUCUGAGCCCUUUCUCAAAGUUAUGAGAGAAGUUUCUGGAGGAAAGCCAGCUGUGGGCACUAUAUAUGAACUACUAACCAGAGCAAAGGAGUCAAUAAGGACAUACUAUAUUAUGGAUGAAAUAAAGUGCAAAACAUUUUUAGAUAUAGUGGAUAAGAAAUGGAAGAACAACCUUCACUCUCCUCUGCAUUCAGCAGCUGCCUUUUUGAAUCCUGGCAUCCAAUACAACACAGAAGUCAAGUUUCUUGGGUCUAUAAAAGAAGAUUUUUUCAGAGUACUGGAGAAGCUGCUACCAACUCCCGAACUGAGGCGAGAUAUCACUACUCAAAUCCUUUUAUAUACACGGGCAUCUGGGAUGUUUGGUUGUAAUCUGGCAAAGGAAGCAAUUGAUACUGUUCCUCCAGGUAUCUGGUGGGAACAGUAUGGUGAUGCUGCUCCUACAUUGCAAAGAGUCGCUAUUAAAAUACUUAGCCAGGUGUGCAGUGCGUUCACUUUUGAGCGACAUUGGAGCACAUUUCAGCAAAUCCACUCUGAGAAGCGCAAUAAGAUUGAUAAGGAAACACUUUUAGACCUUGUUUACAUAAAUUAUAAUCUGAAGCUAGCACGGUAUUUGGUUUCUAAAUCUACCGAGGAAGAUCCCCUCCAACUUGAUGACAUAGAUAUGACAUCUGAGUGGGUAGAAGAGGCAGAAAAUCCUAGUCCAACUCAGUGGCUUGAUAGAUUUGGUUCGGGUCUGGAUGGGAAUGACUUGAACACACGACAGUUUACUGCUGCAAUAUUUGGUGCUGGUGACCACAUAUUUGGUUUGUGAUCAUGUUGACUGUCCACCCCUUUAAAUGCACAUACGUAUUUAGUCGUCAUAAAAUAGUCUUGGAAUUGUUUGAUUCUUUCCAUGUACAUACCUAGCUAGGAAUGAUGCAAGUAGCUUUUCUCAUUGGCCAUCUAGAUGUCACGCCUACCCAGAAAUAUAGAGGCUGAGGGUAGUUGGAGAAACUGAUCGUGUAUGUUUUUUAUGUAUGUAUUUGGCCAGUCUGGGAAAUUAAAUUAUAUUGUGACACCCCUUUUGAAAUA